AUGGGAAAGAAAAAUAGAAAGGGAAAAGAAAAUAAUGCUGCUAAAACCUCUUUUCUAAAAGUAGAGAAUAUUAAAAACACUAAUUCGGGAUUGGAGCUUCCAUCGCAAGACUAUACAAACGUUGAAGAAAAAGAAAGUAGCCCGAAAACUGACUUUCCAUUAAUUACAAAGGAACAUGUAAACACGAAAACUGACAGCAAUAUUCUCGAUUAUCCCACCAUAGGCGAUUUAGUUUCCUCAGUAGAGAAAUUAUGUGUCUUGAAAGAAUUGAAGAUAGCAUUUCCAGAAGUAGAUGAUACAUUAAUUAAAGCCAUUUUAAUUGCCUCCCAAGGGGUUUUGGAGCCGGCAUUCAAUUCUUUACUCUACUACUCAAGUCCGGAGGAAAACACUGACUUUGCAUUACCAAUGAAGCCGAUAAGUGUGGAAGACUAUAGUAAAAUAAAUGUGUCUGAGAUUUUGCAACGUGAAAUAUUCGAUGAUAUUGAAGACGAAUUUUCUGGUCAAGGAAUAAAUGGCUCCAUGGUAAUUUCAAAAAUUGAAUCAGAACUAAGUUCUUUGGCCGAACACAUUGGCAACAUUAGCACCCCCGGAUCGAAUAGAGAAGUCGCCGAAUCGACUAGGAACGUGGCUGUUGCAGAGGGCCAUAAUACAAUUUUAUCAAACGAAGAUAGUAUACUCAAGGGAAAAGAGAAGGGAAAAGAGGAGGAAAAGGAGAAGGGAGAAGAAAAGGGAGUUAACAGCUUAAAAGGCGCCGCUGUGAAAGUUGUUGCGAAGUCAUUGAAGAAUAAUCGCAUUCCCGUCACUGUGAAGAGAAAUGAGCCUUCAAACAAUUUAUUUGACGUUUUAAACUGCGACGAAAGCGAGGAAGAAGAAGAGCAAGAUGUCGAAACCAAUACGUCGAAUCAAGAAAGGAAGAACCAGGGCGGUAAUACUGAAGUGCCGGAGGCUCAGCGUGACAGUGCAGAUAGGUUACCUGCCAAGGACGACGGUGGAUACAAAUCUGCCUUUGGCACUGAUAGUUGUGGUCUAUUUGCAGCUGACGCUAAAGAUGAAAAAAAGCAGGUUCAUCCAUCUAGACAAGAAUUAAGUUUUACGUAG